GCGACGCGCAGCAACUGCCGAGUCCGCGUCCAGCUCGCGAGAACAUCCUCUUCCUUCUCUGCCGCCGGUCCACACCGCUACCAGCUCGCCAUGGAUGACGAUAUCGCUGCGCUCGUUGUCGACAACGGCUCCGGCAUGUGCAAGGCCGGCUUCGCGGGAGAUGAUGCCCCCCGCGCCGUCUUCCCCUCCAUCGUGGGGCGCCCAAGGCACCAGGGCGUCAUGGUAGGCAUGGGUCAGAAGGACUCCUACGUGGGAGACGAAGCCCAGAGCAAGAGAGGCAUCCUGACCCUGAAGUACCCCAUUGAGCACGGUAUUGUCACCAACUGGGACGACAUGGAGAAGAUCUGGCACCACACCUUCUACAACGAGUUGCGUGUGGCUCCCGAGGAGCACCCCGUGCUGCUGACCGAGGCUCCCCUGAACCCCAAGGCCAUCCUGCGUCUGGACCUGGCUGGCCGGGACCUGACAGACUACCUCAUGAAGAUCCUGACUGAGCGUGGCUACAGUUUCACCACCACGGCUGAGCGGGAAAUUGUGCGUGACAUCAAGGAAAAGCUGUGUUAUGUUGCCCUGGACUUCGAGCAGGAAAUGGCCACUGCUGCAUCCUCCUCCUCCCUGGAGAAGAGCUAUGAGCUGCCCGACGGCCAGGUGAUCACCAUUGGCAAUGAGCGGUUCCGCUGUCCAGAGGCUCUGUUCCAGCCCUCCUUCCUGGGCAUGGAGUCCACUGGCAUCCAUGAAACUACCUUCAACUCCAUCAUGAAGUGUGAUGUUGACAUCCGCAAGGACCUCUAUGCCAACACAGUGCUGUCUGGUGGUACCACCAUGUACCCAGGCAUCGCCGACAGGAUGCAGAAGGAGAUCACAGCCCUGGCCCCCAGCACGAUGAAGAUCAAGAUCAUUGCUCCCCCGGAGCGCAAGUACUCUGUGUGGAUCGGUGGCUCCAUCCUGGCCUCACUCUCCACCUUCCAGCAGAUGUGGAUUAGCAAGCAGGAGUACGACGAGUCG